AUGAGUAACCAGAGGAAGAGGAAUUUUCAGAUUGAGGCGUUCAAGCACAGAGUUAUCAUGGAUCCGAGAUAUGCUGAGCACACUUGGAAGAUUCUGGAACAUGCAAUUCAUGAGAUAUAUAAUAAGAAUGCUAGUAGUCUCAGUUUUGAAGAGCUUUACAGGAAUGCUUACAAUAUGGUUCUUCACAAAUUUGGUGAGAAGCUGUACUCUGGGUUGGUUGCCACCAUGACUUUUCAUCUCAAAGAGAUAGCCAGAUCUGUUGAAGCAACUCAAGGAACUUCCUUUCUGGAAGAACUAAACAGAAAAUGGAUUGAUCAUAAUAAGGCAUUAGAAAUGGUUAGAGACAUUCUGAUGUACAUGGAUAGGACUUAUAUCGCAUGCACCCGGAAGGCCAGAGUUUAUGAACUUGGCCUGAACCUGUGGAGAGAAAAUGUUAUUUAUUCAAACCAGAUAAGGACUCGACUGUUGAAUGUUCUUUUGGAUUUAGUAUACAGUGAGCGUGCUGGGGUUGUUGUUAAUAGAGGACUGAUUAGGAAUAUAACAAUGAUGCUAAUGAAUUUGGGUCCUGUUUAUAGACAAGAAUUUGAAACUAAUUUUCUGCAAGCUUCAGCUGAUUUCUACAGGGUUGAAUCCCAGAAAUUUAUUGAGUGUUGUGAUUGUGGGGAUUAUCUCAAGAAAGCUGAGAGGGGCCUGGACGAGGAAAUAGAUAGAGUGAGACAUUACUUGGACCCUAAGACUGAAAAGAAGAUUACUAAUGUGGUGGAGAAGGAGAUGAUUGAAAAUCACAUGCUUAGUUUAAUCCACAUGGAGAACUCUGGCUUAGUUAACAUGCUCUGUGAUGAUAAAUAUGAAGAUUUGGGAAGAAUGUAUAACUUGUUUCGUCGUGUUAACGAUGGUCUCUCGAAUAUAAUUGAAGUGAUGACUUCCCACGUGAAAGAGUCCGGUAAACAGUUUGUUACUGAUCCAGAAAGGUUGAAGGAUCCUGUUGAAUUUGUGCAGAGGCUCUUGGAUGUGAAAGAUAAAUACGACAAGAUUAUAGUUUUGGCGUUUAGUAAUGACAAGUUGUUCCAAGAUGCUUUGAAUUUAUCGUUUAAAUUUUUCAUUAACUUGAACCCCCGUUCUCCAGAGUUCAUUUCACUAUUUGUAGAUGAUAAGUUUCGAAAGGGUCUAAAGGGAGUUAGCGAGGGUGAUAUAGAGGUUACUCUUGACAAAGUGAUGAUCCUAUUCCGUUACUUGGACGAAAAAGAUAUGUUUGAGAAGUAUUACAAACAGCAUCUGGCAAAACGACUUUUGUCUGGAAAAACAGUUUCUAAUGAUACCGAGAGAAGUUUCAUAGUUAAGCUCAAGACAGAAUGUGGAUUCCAAUUUACUGCAAAAUUGGAGGGCAUGUUCACUGACAUGAAAACGUCUUUAGACACAAUGCUGGGGUUUUAUGCUCGCCACCCUGAGUUAGGUGAUGGUCCUACACUUACUGUGCAGGUUCUAACAACAGGGUCUUGGCCAUCUAUUUCUAGUGUGGCAUGUAACCUUCCGGUGGAAAUAUUGGAACUUUGUGAGAAAUUUCAGUCAUAUUACCUCGGCAUUCGUAAUGGCAGGAGAUUGACAUGGCAAGCUAAUAUGGGCACAGCAGACUUAAAAGCUACUUUUGGGAAAGGGCAGAGACAUGAGUUAAAUGUCUCCACCUAUCAAAUGUGUGUUCUCAUGCUGUUUAACGAUGCUGAUAGACUAAGCUAUAGGGAAAUUGAGCAGGCAACUGAGAUUCCAGCUUCAGAUUUGAAGAGGUGUCUGCAAUCUCUGGCUUUGGUCAAGGGAAGAAAUGUCCUUAGGAAGGAGCCUAUGACUAAAGAUGUCAGUGAGGAUGAUGCAUUCUUUUUUAAUGACAACUUCAGUAGCAAACUGUAUAAGGUAAAAAUAGGAACUGUAGUUGCAACAAAGGAAUCGGAACCAGAGAAUCUGGAAACUCGACAAAAAGUACAAGAGGACCGGAAGUUGCAAAUUGACUCGGCAAUAGUAAGGAUUAUGAAAGCUAGGAAGCAACUUGAUCAUAACAAUCUUAUAGCUGAGGUCACAAAGCUGUUACAGUCGCGAUUCCUUCCAAAUCUAACUGAUGUGAAGAAACGGAUUGAGUCUCUUAUUGAGCGGGAAUUUUUGGAGAGAGAUAAUAGUGACAGAAAACUAUAUAAGUAUCUUGCAUAG